AUGACCAAAAAUGAAAUUUUGGUGUUAAAAAAUAACCAAGAUUUAGAGGAAUCUGAAGAAUCCGAACAAUCACAAAUUAGUAAAAAUAACGGCCAAAAUUUCAAAAAAUCAAAAAGAAAUUUACAAAAAAGAAUAAAUCAAAAAGCUAGAAGAGAAAAUAAAACCAAAAAUGAUAGCUUGGUGUUAAAAGAAAGUUUGGAAAGUUUUGUGGAAAAAAGAAAUUUGAUAAAAUUGUAUGGCGAAUUUAUAAAGGCCCCAUCAGAUGAACUGCGUAAACAAUUAAAUAUAGUCGUUUAUAUUUAUGAAAUCUCAAAUCGUUUUAAAUGGUUAGAAGAAGUAAAAAAUAAAUGGCCUAUAAUAUACGAAGCAAUGUUUUUAUUAAAAGGGGAAAAUAAAGAUAAUAAAGCUUUGAACAAAUUAAUGGAAAAAUUAAAUAAAUUUAAAGAAAGUGUGCUUUCAUUAAAUUUAAUAGAAAAUUUAAAUGAAUUUGAGAUUAAUUUACACAAAUUACUAAAAGAAUUAAUUUAUGUUGUAGAAGGUAUUUGGGAUGGAAGGCAUAAUGGACGUGUUGAUUUGGAGGAAAUUAAAAUUGUUAGAAAACAAUUAAAUUAUAAAAUGCUUGUGGAAAGUGCUAAUCAAGCUUAUGAUCAAGUAAAUGAUGAAUAUUAUUCGAUUUGGGAAGGUAUUGGAAAGGUGGAGAAAAAUAAAAUUGUUGGCAUACUUUUCGAUAAAGGGCUAAUUUUGGAGCAAAAUAAAAUAAUUGAAAAUGUUGAUAAAUAUUUGAGUGAUUGGAAAAUGAUGAAAAAUCAGAGAUUUAUAGGUUAA